CCAGUUAAAAGCACUUGUCAGUUUUCUGUUUUGUUCGUUUAAAUAAAAUGUCAUAUAGACAAAUGAUGUUUGAGGAAUAUUUGUAAUAGUAAAAAUGACAACCACUUGUUUUGUGAAGAUUGAGACAGCCCCCAGGAAGUCAUAUUAUCUGUUGUCUGAACUCAAGGAUGGUGGCAAGGAAGGCUUCAAACUUACCAUCACAGAUGGAGAACGAGUUUGGGCUGGGCAGGUAACUGAAGAUGACCUUGAUCGACUGUGUACCAAGAUGAAGAUGGAUUUUGAAACGUUUGUCAAGCAGACUGCAAAGGCGUUCACCCGACAAGAAACUGGUGACCUCAGUUUCGAGUAUCAGGUCAAACCACAGGGAGAUAACUCUGUCAGCUUUAUUUGGAAGAAAUAUGUUCCUGCAGAUGACAUCCGGUUUCAAAUGGGAUCAGCAAGCCUCGACCUGAAACCAGACAGCAGAGUUUUGAUCUGUGAGAUGUUCAGUCACUGUAUAGAGAAGAUCGGACAGCGACAGACUCAGAUUCACACGUUAGAAACAGAUAAUGAGCGUUUGUCCCAGGAACGCACAAUGGCUUUGAAAAGACUAGACAAAUGUGUAACAGCAAAGGAGGAAAUGGAGAAGGAUUUAUACUCAAAGUUUGUUGCAGUGUUGAACAGUAAAAAGGAGAAGAUAAGAAGUUUAAAAUGUCAUGGCACUGGGGACCAAACUCACCCAGAAGGGGCCAAUAUGGAAGUGGAGACGACAGGUGUGGAUGAGGAUUCUGCUGACGAUGUUUCGACCAACAGCCAGAAUAAAGUCAGACGAAGAGAAAGUGAAGAAGAAAAUACUGAUGAUGAAGAGACAACCUCAAGAAAACGUCGGCAGAAACCUACAAUUGUGAAAACAUCAGACCAUGACUCGUCUCUAGUUCUGGAAGAUGAUACAGAUGAACCGACAACUCAUCCUGUCACAAGGCCGGCUCGACGAACUCAGGGAAGGAAGAAACAAACUCCAUCCAAACCAAUUCUACCAAAAGUGAGCUCCAAGUCUUCAGAUGGCGGCAGUAGGAAAAACAGUUUACGCAAGAGUGGAUCAAAUUCAUCAAAUCGCUCAUCGAACGACAUUGAACCAGAAGAUUUGUUUGAAGAUCUUUGAUAUUUAGUACACGUGAUUGUUUCAUCAAGUGGUUGUCCAAGACUUGUGUAUGUUGUGUGCAGUUUAUGUAUCAAGAUUUGUAUUAGUGAUGGACACCAUUACAAAAUCUAGCCGCAGUUGGUCAUCAAUUACUUAUCAUUCCAGCCUCUGUGGUCAUGCUGUUGUGUUCGAGGCUGGUUGGUACUGGGUUCGCAUCUCAGUACCAGAAUGAGGACACAGAUCAAUAGGUCACCAACCUGUCCACUGGGACAGACUGACCACAUAAUUGAGAUGUGUGUCCAGGACAGACUGACCACAUAAUUGAGAUGUGUGUCCAGGACAGAUUGACCAGAUAACUGAGAUGUGUCCAGGACAGACUGAUCAGAUAACUGAGAUGUGUGUCCAGGACAGA